CUAGACAUGUUUUAUUGAUGUUGACUGUCCGCACUCAUCCCUCCGAUGUUCUGUAAGUGAUCACUGGAGUGACAUUAGGCAAUUUAGAAAAUGAAAUCAUAAAACAACACAAACUGGUUCGUUUGCACCACUGAUCUUUCAGGUUUCUCUUCCUUCUUGCCACUUUUAUUCCUCGGUUUUUUAAUUAAUUGUAAUGAUACCACACACGUAUACCUCUUUAAAAAUAUUACAUCCAUCCAGGACUUUCAAUUACAGCAGCAGCAAGGUUAUUUAACGUAUAUUAUAGCAUAUAUCAAACAGAAUGGAUCAGGGACAGCUGGUGUUAAUGAGCUCAAAUGUGUGCACUUGAUCCUGUAGAAAUUUGUGAGCAAUAAUAGAAACACAUUGGAAACUUCAGGGUCUUUUACUUUUGCAUACGUUAAAAGCAACAGAACCCAGAACAUGUCCAAGUUCUUUCUUUCUGUCUUUGGAUUUAUUAUUGAAUACAUUUCUGUCACCUGUGUCUGUCAAUGUGUUUAAAUGAGUGAAUAUGAACAGAAUAAAAACUGCAGAUUAGACAGAACACACUGGACGUAAACAAUCGAGAGAGCUUCAUGUAUCACCGCUGUGUUUCAACCGUCAUUAAAGUUUUCAAACACAGUUUCUGUGUCUUUGUUUUGCGUUGUGUUGAAAUAAAUUGCAUUUCAAGCUCAGGAGCUGUGUGUCGACAGUAUUUGUUAAGGAAAGUUUUAACAUCCUCAGCAUUUUAAUGACAUACAGCUCAAACAGCAGGCAUUCCUGUUGGGUUAGUUCUGCGACGGUUUAAAGAACAGCACGUGCACGCAAACAACUGAGCGAUGACAUUUGGUUUGAAGUGGUCGGAGUGACACAGACGGAAAGAUGACGGAGACAAAGACAGCCGGGCUGGUCUUCAUCUGCUUUCUGCUGCUCCACGGCUUUGCCGCAGCACUGAACUGCACCAGUCCAACUCCUGAAUCGCUGUUUGAUGCAUUUGAGAGAGAAUUGUUUCCUAAAAAGCAACUGCGACCGGUGAAAAGCUUUUCGGAUACACUGAACAUUACCAUCGACGUGACUGUGGUGGGAAUUUUAGGAGUGGAUGAAAAAGCUCAAUCCUUGACAGUGUUCAUAUGGCAAAUUCUGUCGUGGCCCAUAGCAGGACUGAGCUGGGACGACAAGGAAUGUGGAACUAAACUGAUCUCUGUCCCUCGCGAACAACUUUGGGUCCCAGAUAUUUACAUCUCAGAGUUCAUGAACGAAGACAAAUCUCCCAAAACCUCUUAUGUCUACAUGGACUACACAGGUCGUGUAUACGAUGACAAACCCCUCAGGGUGGUCAGUUCUUGCCAUAUGGAAAUCUACACUUUCCCCUUUGACAUCCAGAACUGCUCGCUGACCUUCGGAUCAUAUCUACAUUUUGCUAAUGAAAUAAGGAUGGUGAAACACCACACAGCUGCAGAGAUCCUGGAGCAGUCCAAACAAGUGCUACAGACCAAAGGGGAGUGGGAGCUUGCAGACAUCCAAAUAGCUCCAUCACACCUGGAUGUAACUGUUGGAAGCUACUCUACCGUCAAAUUCUUCCUCAUUUUAGCACGUCGGCCAGUGAUGUACGUGGUGAACCUCCUGAUCCCCAGCUGCUUCCUCAUCACUUUAGACCUCUUCAGCUUCCUGCUGCCUCCACAGAGUGUGGACCGAUCUGCCUUCAAGAUGACCCUCAUCCUGGGCUACACCGUCUUCCUGCUCAUCAUGAACGACCUGCUGCCCGUCACCGGAAACACCAUUCCUCUCAUAAAUGUUUUAUUCUCAGUCAGUCUCGCUCUGAUGGUGGCCAGCCUGUUGGAGACUGUUUUUAUCGCCAACAUCCAGUUCAGCUCCGGCCAGUACAGUGCAGUUCCUCACUGGCUCAGCAUCCUGGUUUUACGAUAUCUAGCUGUUGUCGUUUGUCUUCCUCCAAAAAAGAAGAGCAACCGUGUCACAAUCUCCCUUCGCCCAACAGAAAUGAGCGCCAGCAUCAUCUCAUCGACUGACCUUCGGAGUCACUCUGCUGACAAACCUCCAGAGAAACCGCCUUCAGAUCCGCCUCUGGACGAACUGAGGAAGCUGAGCAGAGACCUCGCAGCCAUUCGCCUUCACAUCAGCAACUACCUACAGGGGACAAAAAGCACACAGGAAUGGCAGAUGAUCGGGGUUGUCAUCGACCGCCUGCUGUUUGGCAUGUACAUCGUCUUCAUUUCAGUCAGCUUUGUGACCAUCAUAUGUGUCUGGUACCUGAGUAACUCGUACAGCCAUGGCAGCAUUUGA